AGAAAAUCACAAAAAUCCUAAGUUCAAAAAAAAAAAUUAAACUUUUUCACUUCUAUCUAUUGCUAGAAAAAAAAAUGGGAUUUUCCCAUUAUGAGUUACCAAAAAUGUUGUUUAUUUUUUUAGUCUUUAUGAAUUCUUGCAUGUUUUCUUAUGGUGGAAAUUUCAUUCAAGAAUUUGACUUUAAUUGGGGUGGUAAUAAAGUCAAGAUUUUCAAUGGAGGCCAAAUUCUUUCUUUAUCUAUGGACAAACUCUCUGGCUCUGGUUUUCAAUCCAAAAAAGAAUAUCUUUUUGGGAGAAUCGAUAUGCAACUCAAACUUGUUACUGGAAAUUCGGCUGGCACUGUCACAUCAUACUAUCUAUCUUCUAAAGGACCAACUCAUGAUGAAAUUGACUUUGAGUUCUUAGGAAAUGUUAGUGGUGAACCAUAUAUUCUUCAUACAAAUGUCUUUAGCCAAGGCAAAGGAGACAAAGAGCAACAAUUUUACCUAUGGUUUGAUCCUACCAAGAACUUCCACACCUACUCAAUCAUAUGGAAACCACAACACAUCAUUUUCUUGGUGGACAACACUCCAAUUAGAGUAUUCAAGAAUGCAGAAUCACUUGGUGUUCCAUUUCCCAAGAACCAACCAAUGAAAAUUUACUCAAGUCUAUGGAAUGCUGAUGAUUGGGCUACAAGAGGAGGACUAGUGAAAACUGAUUGGUCAAAAGCACCAUUCACAGCCUAUUAUAGAAAUUUCCAUGCACAAAAGUUUAACAAAUCUCAGUUUUUAGAUGCAAAAUGGCAAAAUCAAGAACUUGAUGCUAAUGGAAGAAGAAGACUUAGAUGGGUUCAAAGGAAUUAUAUGAUUUAUAAUUAUUGCACUGAUUACAAAAGAUUUCCUCAAGGUUUUCCUCUAGAAUGUAGAAAAUUUUGAGUUUGUAUGGUUACGUUGCUCGGUCUCUCCAAAAAUGUUGUCGCUCGCCUAUGUCAGAUCCUAUCUGACAUGUGAUUGAUGGCUUUUUUUUUGAAGAGUUCGAGCAACAUAGGUUGUAUGUUGAAUAUGUUAUGAUUGUAGUUGUGACUUGUACUAUGACAAUAUCUUAUGCCUACCAAAAGUUUUUUAAAUUCGAAAUUCUAAUAAGAGGGAUAUUCAGGAUUUGAACUUUAUUGUGUUUGAGAUGUUAGUGAAUUCACUUAUUGUU